UGCAUUGUUCUGAUCUCCUUCUCAAAUUCAUAUAUACAUAGUAUUCUCCAUUCUGACAAAACAUCUUAAAAAAUAUUCUCCCCACCUCAAUCCAGCCAUGGCCGUAUCAUCAUGUCUCACUAAACCACUUUUCUUGUUCUUGCUAGUUUCAUGUAUUUUCAUCUCCACAAUCAAAGCCACAGAGGACGAGGAUACAAUUUAUGGAGAUGAAUGCGACUACGAAAUAGUGGUGAGCACAGGUAAAUCGCAGGGACCAACAAAUUAUAGGCUAUCAGUUGUUUUGACAACAAAAAAUGGUGAAAACAUCAGUACUAGUGAUUUUGUUGGCGAAUGGGGAGAUAUGGGUCGAUACCAUACGUUCUUUCAAGCUGAUUCCGAGAGCGGGUUUAUGGAGACCGGGCCUUGUUUCACCACUAGUUUCUGCAAUAUCGAGAUUGGUGGUGGGAAUGGAAGUAAUGGAGGAGGUCGUUUAAAGCCACACUGGUAUGUAAAUAACAUUACAGUGAUUACUAGAGGGGACAAAAUCAACGAUCGAGUGCGAACGUUUCAUUUCUUCGGUAAACAUCAUAAUAUAGCACGUACUAAUCCUCCUGUUAGCUAUGGUAAUUGCCGUAAAUCGCAUAAAAAGAAGAGUCAAAAGAAGAAGCACUGAGCUGAGCUAAAUGUAUAUGAUCAGUCUAGCUAGCUAUAUCGGCAUAUUAAAUUCUGCUGUUAUUAAACGUUCCCUUUUAAGUUAAAGAACUUGUUUAAGUUUUACAUAUUUCUCUUGAAUUCCAUAUUUCGCUGAAUUUAUGUUCUAUAUAGAGAAUUCGUAUAUCCAUACCGUGAAGUUGUUGCUGUAAUAUUUGCUCCAUGAGAUCAAGACGUUGCUCGAUGAACUGAAAACACUGCCGCAUAUUUUGUUGUUCUUGGCUCAGUUUCACUAGUUCUUUUAUUAUUUUAUUCUUGUUGUCUUUAAGUGA